AGCGCGCUCCUGCUAUCGGUAAAAAACCAUUGGAAAAUGGCCGCUGUAACAGUGAUGAACGAAACGGAAGGCGAAGUGGAAAGACUGUGAGUACUACUAUGAACGUAGGUGCGGAUUCAUUGGCUUCUAAAAAAAUCAGAAUCAUCAGUUCCUGUUUUGAUGUGACAUGUGAGUCAAGCAAAUCUUGCCAUCUUGCUUCUGUAGCUCCAUCAGGAUUCCAUGGUAGCUGUGAUGUUAGGGCUCAGGGAAGAAAAGUUAGAAGACCAAGAUCUCCAUGGCCUCAAAGACAAACCACCAACAUCCAAAAAGGUGAAAGAUAAAAAAGAAGAGAAAGCAGAAGAAAAGGAAAAACAUGAGUCUCCACAUACUUCUUCUCAUCAGUCUGUGGAACCAGUGGAAAGAGGGAAAGCAGAAACUUCGGAUAUGGUCAGUUCACCUCCUACUGUUUCUGAAGUUUAUGCCUCUCCCAAACAGAGGCGUUCUGUCAUCAGAGACAGAGGACCCAUGUAUGAAGAUCCUACCUUACCUGAGGGCUGGACCCGGAAACUUAAACAAAGGAAAUCAGGUCGCUCAGCUGGGAAGUAUGAUGUAUAUUUGAUCAACGAGAUGACUCUGUCUGGCAGCAUGCUAAGCAUCCCAACAUCUUGGCACAGUGGCAGCUGUUGUCUGGGUUGGUGUCCCCAGGGAAAAGCCUUUCGAUCCAAGGUGGAAUUGAUUGCUUAUUUUGAAAAGGUAGGCGACACAUCUUUGGACCCAAAUGAUUUUGAUUUUACAGUAACUGGCAGAGGAAGCCCUUCUAGGAGAGAACAGAAAACAACUAAGAAGCCCCAAACUGCCAAGACUUUAGGGACAGAGAGAAGGCGAGGAAGGCCCAAAGGAAGCAGUGCAGGGAAACCCAAGGCAGAUGAUUCAGAGAGUGUUCAUAUCAAAAGAGCAAUUGGAAAAAGCUCUGGGAAGCUUGUUGUCAAGAUGCCUUUUCAGCCUUCAUCUGGAGGGAAGAUAGAAGCUUGUGGGGCCACUACAUCUACCCAAGUCAUGGUUAUCAAACAUCCUGGCAGGAAGCGGAAAAUUGAGACAAAUCCCCAAGGCAUUCCCAAGAAGAGAGGUCGAAAACCAGGAAGUGGGGUGGCAACCACUUCUGCUGAUGCCAAGAAGAAAAUAAUCAAAGAUUCGUCCAUCGGCUCAGUGCAUGAAACUGUGUUGCCCAUCAAAAAACGGAAGACUCGGGAAACAGUUAGCAUUGAAGUAAAGGAAAUGAUGAGUCCCUUGCUGUUGUCAACCAUUGGAGAAAAGAGUGGUAAGGGACUAAAGACUGGAAAAAGUCCUGCUUGUAAAAGUAUACCCAAAGAGCAGAACAUCUCCUCUCUGAAAAAAGAGCCCCAUUCUCAUUCCUUAGGAUCACCCCAGGCCAUCUCAGCUUCACUCCUACCCCCAUUAUCUCCUAAGGGUUCAGAGGCCAACAGAAGCUCUUCUGAGUCCAAAGACUUAAGCAACAAAGAUGAGAAAAUGCAAAGAGAAGAACAAUUUGAAAGUGACAGCUAUAUAAAAGAGACCAUUAAAACUCAGCCUGCCAUUGUACCAGCAGAGAAAUUUAAACACAGAGAAGAAGAUGGACAAGACAUUAUUCCAUCUUCUGUGCCAAGGUCAAAUAGAGAGGAUCCUGUGGGCAGUCAAAUGUCUGUAACAGAGAGAGUUAGUUGACUCUUAAGUGAUAAAGAUUUGAAAAAAAGAAUAAAGGCAGCUGUUGUUUCAUCUUAUGGGUUAGGACUCUGACAAAGCUUCCCAAAUUAACUGAAAUAAAAGUUUGUGGUUUUAUUUUCUCAUCACAUUUAGAAUUUUAUGAUUUCUGGGCAAAAGUAGUAUUGGAAUCUUUUUCUUUUUAGACAAGCAUAGCCUAAUUUGAAGACUUAACUAGGCUUGUAGCAGAUUUACAAUUCUGUCUUUAUUAAUAGUACUCUGUACCACUGACCGGUAAAAUUCAUUAACCAUUUUGACACAUGCCAAAUCUUGUUCCAGUAUUCAUAAGACUAGGGUAGUAUACGAUUUGUCCUUUGAAACAUCAUAAAUCAUAUUAGUGAAUUAGUGGCCCAAACCAUAUCAAUACUAUACUUGGUAUAGAAUUUUUAAAAUUAGCAUAUGAAAAUUAAGAUUUUAAGAAAAUAAACAAUGACAUCAAAUAAUUAAAAGAGAACUGCAUUCAUUCCCUUCUUUCUCAGAGUUUUGUAGUGAUCGAUGAAUCAUUUUCUUAUCUUUAUUUGAUGCCAGAAGAGGUCAUUUGGUAAGCUUCGUGAGAAUUGGGGAAGAAGGGAAUGAAGUCUAAACCCCUAAAAUAAGUUUAUAGAAUAGUGGUGAAUUUUUGUACUGAGAGUAAAAUUCUUUCAGUUCUUUCCCAAAUCUGCUUAUCCUAUUUAUUUUUCAUACUUCUCUUCAAAUCAAUAAAUUAUCUGACAGAAAACCUACUAACACUAUCUGCAUAUGUUUGCUGAUUAUUUUAAAGUAGAAUAAAUAUAUAGAAUUUCCAUGAUCCUUAAAUUCUUAAUGUCAGACUGCAGUUUUAUAGCACCUUCUAAAUGAUUUAGUUUUUCUUUAUUUUCAUCCUUUCUGUUUUGCUUCAAUGAGAGCCAUUUUGGUUAUUUGCACUCUAAACUGACAAUACCCUAACUGCUUCUUUAGGAGUUUGAAACUUAUCUGAAUUAUUUGGAUAUAUAGAAUCUAUUUCCUUAUCGUAUCUUUCCUAGUUCUUACAUUUCUAGGAAAUUGCUUGUAUAAUGAGAAAAUUAGGUUAUAACCUUCAUUUAAAAAAUCUUCAUUUAAACAUGAUUUCAAUAAGAAAUAAUAGAUUGGACUUAAAUUUAGAAAUAAUAAAUGAGAUUAUACAUUUGAUCAGAUCUUUGGAAAGUCACUCUAGAUGCCUAUAUUCAUGUUAACAGAUGCCUUUUAUGUGUUUUAUUUAACUGAGAAACACAAUUAGAGCAGAAAAGCCAGCUCCUCAUUAUAUUAAAAUUUGUCAGACAUACUUAUGGGCACUAGAGACAUGAAUACUAAGCAAACUCUUCAACAAAGAAUGUGGAUUUUAGCUAUCUAUACUUCAAUUCUUUAGUAUCAAUAAAAGAUUUGAUCAACGAGGGACUGAAAUAUAAAGCAGUUGCAUGUUUUUUCCUCAUCUGAUUUUUUCUUCAUUUUUGAUUCUCCUGUAUGGGAAAGUAGGAUGUCCUUAGAAGAAUAACCUUUGUAACCUCUGUCUUCAUUCUGUAUGGGGAAAAAAACCAAACUAAAAAUGUUUUAAAACUUUUCACUAUUAAAUACUUUGAUUUCUGAUGAGCUGUUACUCAUCCAUCAAAAGGACACCUAUUUGUUCACUUUUUUUUCUGUUGAAGUUGUCUGAUAUUGAGAAGAGUUUUUAUGAUUUUACUGAUACAAAUUUUGUUUAUUUUACUUCAGAUAUUGAGUUCAAAUUUUGAAUCUGAUGUAAAGACCAUUUUUGGUAGUUAGGAUCUGUAUCACAAUUAAGAAUAGGGGUGGUUUCUAUGGAAUCUCACAUAUUAUCGCACACAUAAUAUUCAAAUAUUUAAAAUAUAUUCUUAUUAAAGUAUCAAAAUUUCAUUUUUAAAAAUAGCUUUUUUAUUCCUAAAUGCAUUCCUAAAAGAUUGCCCAUUUUCCUCUAAAUUUCAGUCUGUUUUCAAAGGCAUAUUGGUUUCUUAUUCUCUUUUCCUUUUUCUAAUAUUCCCUCUCUUCCUCUAGUAAAGAAAUCAUAAAUCAAAGACCUUUCCCAAAAUUGCAUCUUUAAGCAUCAGAUCAAGCAAUAUGUUUUCCAAUACUGCUUAAUCUAGAUUCUCUCGGGGUACUUCCUAUCUCUGGGGGAUAUUUGGUUAUCCAAGCACUUGAUAGCUAACAUAGCUCCUUAAUUCUCAUUUUCCCACUUUUGCUCUAACUCUUUAAUCUGAAAGUAUUGUCUAAUUAAAUAAAGAAAAAAUACAUCUAAAAUUGUUAAUAAAUAAACUUCCCGAUUCACCUUUCUGUUGGUUAAUUGGUUCUUUGAAAGCCUAUAACUUCUUAAUACAAAUUGUGUCAGGAAUUCACUGACCUUCCUGCUAUCUUUCUACAUCACAAUAUUAGAGAAGUAAUCAAUUAGAAGAGUAUAAGGUAAAAAAUAAUGUUCUUAUAUGUCGUUUUGAAUAAUUUUUUACUGCUUAUAUUUGGAGAUGAUAUGCCAAUAAUCUAAUUCCCUCUUUAAAACUAUGUGAGAGAGAUAAAUACUCAAUUCCAAGUAUUUGCAGUUCCCAGAUGAUGGUAAUUUGGUGGUAGUGGCUAGAAAUUCUUCAAUUGGCCAGUUUCUUUAUCUUUGUUUUAUAAAUAAAGUGACUUCCUCAGAAAGACUGAUCAACUUUAUUAAUUUCAAGUAAUGCAACUCAGCCUUCUGAUUUCCAGAUAUAUUUUGUCUCCUCAAAAUUAUGGAAUGGAAAAAUUAUAUGUAUAUCAGUUGGAGUGUGAAAGAGGAAAUUUUCUUUAAAGCCUAAAUAAGAUCAUAAAUAAAAUUAGUCUUAAUAAGAAAUAAUUCUUCAAAAUAACUAGAUUCAGUGUACCACCUUAAAUACAUUUUGAUCCAACAAAAUUUUAAUGAUAUGAUUAAUAAUAUCUUACAACUUGCCUAGUUCAUCUGCUUGCUUGUUUUCUAACAUAAAUGAAUUAUUUAAAAUCUUGCUUUCUAACUGACAUCUUAUUCAUAAUGUUCAGCAUAAUUAAGAUUAUGCCUUUUAUUGUUUAAUCAUUGUUUCUAAGACUAUGAGGAAUAUUAAAUUAAGGAUAGGCAUAAAAAACCCUCAAUAUUUUAAUAGUUUGUGGUUUGGACAGCAUUUGAUAUUAAAAGUAUUAUGUCAGAUAUUGGAAGAGAUAUAGAAAAUUAUGUAGUUUUGUGAUUAUUAAAAUAGUUGGUUUCAUAAACUGCGGCAGAUAAAAGAGUGGUUGGCUUAAAUUGUGACUGUAGAAAAUAUGGUUUCAAGACAGUGUCUUGUUUUAAAUCAAAUAUAAGGUGGUCACCAGGGAAAAAUUCCCAAAUAUUAAACAUACCUCAGUCAGCUGGGUUUUAUAGAGAUUUUAAUUAAUACAAAUAAGGAAUUAAAGAAAGAAAGAGAGAGAAAGGGAAUAAUGAGAAAAAAGGCUAGGCCAGCCUUAAGAGAGAGAGAUCAGUCAGUCUUCAAUCCAUUCACUACAAGAUUUGUCCCAAGCAAAAUUCUAGUGUUUAGAGAGACACCAGUUUAGUUUUGCCAGCUCCAGAGAGAUAUUCUUCUCACAGUCCCCGAGACAGUCCUGAGAGAGAGUUCUGAGAGGAGAGAGUUCCAGCGAGAGCCCCUUGCUCUCAGCUUCUGAUCUCCUUUUAAAGGGAAUUUUCUCCUAUGUCUCCUCCCCUAAGUUCUCACAUCUACCAAUCACAGUAGAUGCUUUCCAAAGGACAGACCAUUCUUAGUUCAUACCUAAGUAGGCUUAAACUUUUUAUUAAGUUCACACCAGAAAACCUCUGAGUAAGUUCUCACUUCUUUGCUCCUUGUAAAUUCACAAGUUGCCUGACCUCUGUAGGUUCUUAGCAUCCUUUUGUGUUAGAUCUAAAAAUAGGCACAGCUUAAGAACUUUUGUCUUACUAUAAGUAUGGGUUUAAGUAUUUUUCAUUGUUCAGAAAAGAGUUUACAACUUUUAUCUUCCCCUUAAGUAGGGGUGGAGUAGAGGUCUCACAUUCCUGAUCUAAGUUCCUUCAUUGUUUAAAAUGGGGAAUGGUGUUAACCAAAUCCUAUGAAGUAGGGUCUGAGAAUUUUUAAGAUUCACAGUUUCUGCAUUGGAUUUAUAUGUUAGGUCUACAAAAAUGAUGUAAAUCAAGAUAUAAUUCAUAUGAGAGAUUGAAGCUUCUAUAAAUGUAUUUUCUUGAUUUCCACCUUAGGAUAUUUGUCCCUUUUGUUAAUAGGUCAAGCAAUGGUUUCCCUUGAAAAGUUUUACCUAGAUUUUCAGUGUAUGAUUUUAUGUAUGAAAGCUUCAAGUAGAGGAAAGGACUUGGCUCAAAGUCAUGCAAUAAAUUUCUUUGGCUAGAUUUGAACUCAGAAAAACAAUUCUUUCUGACUCCAUAGCAUAACUUCAUAACCUAGCUGCUUUAGGUUCAGAGCAAAGGAAUUUUUUCCUAUUCCGACCAUUUUUGACAUCUCUAUAAAGUAAAUGCUCUGUUUUAUUCCAGGAAUUCUUACUGUGCUUAGCAUCUCAAGUGAUAUCUAAAGCAAUAGUAAGGAAAAGCAGAUCUGUAAUAAAGGAAAAUCAGAUAGAUACCCCCUAAUAAUUCUGUGCCAUGAAGUAACAGAAUCAAAAUAAAGAACCUAAAAGUUGUUUUUGCCCAAAAUAUAUAUCUUGUCAACAAAAUUUUUGUGAUAUUUUUAUUAUUCUUAGUAAAUGAAGUUUGGAAAAGACUUGAAAUUACUCCUCAUAGUUGUGAAACAAUUUGAAUUCUUACUAUCUUUUGAGACAAUCUGUUACUUUGACAGUGCUAAAUAGGUUUUUAAAAAAACUGAGCAGAAACUUGCCUUAUUUACCAUCUAUUAUUCCUAAUUCUGCCUUUGAGUACAGGUAGAAUAAUAAUAGCGAAUGAGUUGAAAAUACUGACAUGUUAUAUCUGGAUUUCAAUAAAAUACUUAAUUUGAUGCUAUCUUUUCAUGCAAAAUGGAAGAAUGUAUAGUAGAAAAUGUAAAUGCAUCAACUAUUAAAUUGCAAACAUGAAUGAAUCUGUCUCUGGAGUUGUGUGACAAAGGUGAAUUGUCUUUUUGUCAUGAUCUAAAAUCAAAUAUAAAUGACAUGCUUAUCAAAUUUUUGCUUUGGAAAAUAGCUAAACAUAAACAUUAUAGAAUAAGAAUAGCUUAACAUAUUAGGAAUAUGACACCCCCCCAAAAUUUUAAAAAAUAAUAUAACUAUGCAUUUAGUUUAAUAAAAUUAAUUACAGAUUUACAAAAUGUGACUAGAUAGCAGUUGAUAUGAAAAAUUUGAAUCUUGUCCUCAUCUUACUACAUUUUAAGUGGGAUACAGAUGACACAGAUGGGUUAAAAAAAUCAGAGCAAAUGGGGGACUUUAUUUUCAGUUUUCAUAAAAAGUGCUUGCUGAAUUUAAUAUUCAAGAAAAGUACAUUGCGAAUUCAGAUGCAAGUGGAUUUCAAUUAUUCUAUGUGAAAAUUCUCUUUUUUUAUUUUAUUUUUAAACAUUAUUUUAUUUGGUUGUUUUCAUACAUUAUUUACUGGAAACAAAGAUCAUUUUCUUUUCCUUCCCCCCCCUUUCCCUCUCCCAUAGCCGAUGCAUGAUUCCACUGGUUAUCAUCUAUGUGAAAAUUCUGAGUAAAUGUUUAGGUAUGAAGUAUAUAUAAGAUAAAGUAUGAAUUUGAGAACAAAUACUUCUCUCUGUAAAACUUCCCCUUUCUUUUCAUUGAAACCAAGAUACUCAAUGUAAAUAUUAAUUAAAUUUUUUGGUUGUCUGACACUUCUAGUGUUUCUUUGUCCCAUGAAAAAGUUGUACGUACUGGUGAAAUAAAUUAUCCGGCUUUAAA